AUGUCCUCAAGUUUAAUUGCAGCUUUUAAAUCUUCAACAAAUGGUGCAGCAGAUGGUACAGGAGUUACAAUCCUUGUUAAGCGAGCCCAAGGACUCCUUGGUAAAAAAUUACCAAGUUGGAUUGUUGAUUAUACUUUAGGUCAACAAAUGGCAAUAUUUGGUGAUUAUCCAACAUCAAAAGAUAUUGCACCUUCAGCAAUUUUUCUUGUUGUUUUUUUAAUUUUUUGUUUGGCUCAUCUUUAUAUAUUCACUAGGAAUAUGGCUAGAGGUCAUAAAUUUUGGUUAAGUUUGGGAUUUGCAUUUUAUUCAUUUAUGAGAUUCUUGGGGUAUACCCUGAGAAUUGUUUGGGCUAAAGAUAUUUUAAAAAUGAAAUCUGGUAUGGCUAGUGAAGUUUUCCUUAUAAUUCCAAUUGUUUUAUUAGCUGGUUUAAAUUUAAUCCUUGCACAAAGAAUUUUCACAUGGAGACAUCCUCAUUUAGGUUCAACAAAAUUUUUUUGGUUUAAUAUGUAUUUAGUUUAUAUUGUUGUUACUGGAGUUGUUGUUAUGGCUAUAAUUGGACAAUGUAUUCCAUAUUUAUAUUUCCUUUCAGAACAUCGUUUCAAGAUGUGUAAACAAGUUAUGCAAGCUGGUUCUGUUUUAUGUGUUUUGUUUGUUUCAUUAGCUGCUGUUUUGGUAUUAGCUGCUUUUUUAAUUCCAUCAACUUCAAAAGAUCAAACUGUUUGGAUUUAUCAACCUUAUUGGAUUGAAUCUUUUUCAAUUUGGUAUUUUGUACCAAAAAAUUCUGCUAGGGAGGCUGAAUCAAGUUUUAAACAACGUGAUUCAAAUGCAUUUGGUGCACAUCGUAUAAUUGCUUCAACUCAUAUUCCAGGUCCUGGUGUAACAAGAGGUCGUUUAAAUUCAACAACAGCAACAACUGAUAACGACAUCAAAAGAAUUAAUUCAGUUCAACAAUGUCGGGGAGAAAAUUUAAAACAUAAUCAUUCAAUUUUAAUUAUUUCAUUAACAACAUUAAUUUUAUUUAUUUCAUCAAUGUUUAGAUGUGUUUCAUGUUUUUUAGAACAUCAAAAAGUUUCACAAUCUUGGAUUUUUAAACCUGUUGUUAUGUAUAUAAUGCUUGGAUUAUUAGAAACUUUAGUUAAUGUAUUAUAUUUAACUGGACGUGUUGAUUUAAGAUUUUAUAGACCUGAUAAAUUGAGUUCUAAGCAUAGAGGUGUUGUUGGUGAUGAACAAAGUACUGUUGGGAAUGGAUAUUAUAAUGAUGGAGAAAAACAUCAAGCUGUUCAUCAAGAUCAUAAUAGUUCAGAAAGUGUUUGA